CAGCGGACUAGUAGAUAAUCGAGUCCUCUCUCCUCACUGCAUGCCUCCACCCUGAACUUUCCCCUUGCAUGAGCAUCUGAAGAGUUCCUACACAAACUUCCCAUUCUACCCCUCUGUUGUUUGUCCUCGGAAUACUCUUCUCACAUCCUGUAAAAACUCUUCCUCUUCCUAACUCUCCACAAAGAGCUAUCGUCCUCCUCUUCUUCUUCUUCCAAGUCUUCGUUAUAGAGUUUUAAGCUCUAGGUGAGGUUUUAGAGUGAUUAGAAGGAUGCAGUACCAGGCGGCGGCAGCAGAGGCGGGGACGUGGGGGUAUGUUACGGCGGCGCGGAGGGCAACGAUGGAGGAGGUGGAGCGGCUGGCGGCGGAGAGCGCGGUGGUGAUCUUCAGCGUGAGCACGUGCUGCAUGUGCCACGCCGUGAAGCGGCUCUUUUGGGGGAUGGGGGUGAGCGCCGCGGUGGUGGAGCUGGACGAGGACCCGCGGGCGGAGGAGAUAGAUCGCGCUCUCGCCCGACUCCUCGGCAGCCGGCCCGCGGGGGGCACCCCUGUCCCCGUGGUAUUCAUCGGCGGGAAGCUGGUGGGAGCCAUGGAUCGGGUCAUGGCCGCCCACAUCAACGGCACCCUCGUCCCCCUCCUCAAAGAAGCUGGCGCUCUCUGGCUCUGAAACGACCACGUUGAAAACCAGUCCAUGCAAGAAGCAUAACCAUGUGCAUAGUGUCUUCCUCUUAUAAUUCAACCACGAAUAAAGGAAACGAGAGGAUAGAGGAGAGGGGAGAGGGAGGUUGAGGUUUUUCUGUAGUUCCUCCGAUCCAUCUUCAGUACAACAUCAGCAUGGGUGGGCUUUGCAUGAUACAUUCUUCCUUUCUAGAGCUCUUGUUGGUGAUGAUCGUGGGAAUAGAAAAUGAUCUUUAAAUCGACAAAGAGAACCAAAAAAAAAAAUUAGGU